AUGUCUCCCAAGCUAAAGCGGCGGGCGCUUGAGGACCCAAAUAACACGUGGAAUCACCAGCUGAUGCAGGCGUGUUUGCAGUGCAGUGUUCCGGAGGCGGAGGCGGUGCUUGAAAAUGGUGCAGAUCCCGUGGAAGCUUGUGAGGAGGUGCCGUUCUACAAGGACCCGCUCCCUCCGCUUAUCGCCCUGGUGCUGCAAGGCCGCUACACCACCGAGUCUGUAGCCAUGAUGCAGUGGCUUCUGAAACACGGUGCCUCCGUGUCGCAGUUUAUCUCACUGCAUGGGAAGGACUUUCAAACGAGCCCAGGUGAAAAGGGGACGAUUUUGCAUUUGUUUGUGGAGUUGGGGCAACCGACACUGUUGUUGGAUCUACUUAUGCUGGUGGGUGAGUCGAGGCCUCUGCCGGAGUCACUGCUGAAACGUCUGGGGCGUGCCGACCGCCUGAAUAACUCGGUGUUGUUUCUCUCCGGUGCUGCUGCGUCGCCCACGGCGAACGCGUCACGCGGGCGUCAAGGCAGCGCUACGGUGAACGCCUCAAGGCACACACCCCGUGGAUUGCGCCCCUCAAGCUCCGCUGGGAGCACAGUGCCAACCCACGGUGGUGACACCGUCUUACACCUGGAUGGGACGGUGAUUGACUUUGAGGCCCGCACCUCCGUGAAUGGCUGGACGGCGAUGGAUCUUGCCCUGCGUCGCGGGGACGCGACGGCGGUGCAGCUGCUUCUGUACUACGGUGCACCAGGCGCAUUUUAUCACCUUGUGAACGGCACUCAGACCGCCCUUGCACGUGCCUGCGCGAGGGGUGACAAGGAGUUGGUGGAGUUCUUGCUGGAUGCGGGGGAUGCGAUUGGGCAAAUCUCGUUGGAUGGCCGCUACACGUUGAUACAUUACGCUGCGGCGCAGCCCGCCGUUUUGGAUGUGUUGUUGGCGCGUGGCCUUUCCAUUGAUGCGGUGAAUGCGCUGGGCGAGACGGCGCUCGUCUCGCUCAUUUGCUACGGGCAAGGCUUGAACGCUGACUACGCCAUUCGUGAGACCCUGCGACAGUCCGACGCACAAAAACUGGCAGCGCUGCCAGCGCCAGCGCUGCAGAACUAUAUUUUGACCCCAAUGCCACCGCUUGUGACGCCCUCCCCGCGGACGAUGAAGCCUCUCGGUGCGACGGCUGCUGGGAUGGGGACAGAUAUGGACUUCCCAUGCCUUGCGCCUGUCGCCGACGCGUGGUGGUACUUUGCAUCCAACUGCAAUGCGUGGGUAAUGAUACAGAACUUGUGUGACCGUGGCGCCAACGUCCACGGCGAUGCGCCGCAAGCGGAGGUGCGAAAGGUAGAUGAACGGGCGGAAGUUAACAAAUACGGAGAAUCUGCGGUGACAAUGCAUCUGCAGCCAGCUUCCUCAUCCGUUAGCUACAGUUGGCUGCCGUCGGAGCAAGGCGACAGGCCUGAAAAUGCACGUGCCAGCGCCAGCUUGGAGGGCGUGAGUGCCUUUGCGGGACACCACGCCGCCGGGAAGGAUGCGACACUGCCAAGCAUGUCGUUUGUCACACACCUGACCCCCCUGAUGCACGCCAUUGUGGCGUACCAUCCGGAGCUGAUUCGACGCCUUGCCGUUGAAUAUCACGUGGAUCCAAUGGUGCAGGAUGCGAAGGGGGCAUGCGCGCUACACUACGCCGCCAUUGCACGGCACCCAAGUGUGAUGGAGCUACUCAUCUCUCCGCUUGUGUUGCCCACACACGCAAACUUUGACAUUAAUGUGCAGGACUGCCUGGGGCGGACACCGUUGCACUACGCUGCAGCGCACGGUAACAGCGGGGUGGUGCGUGCGCUGCUAAGCUCAUGCCCUUCCCUCAACGCCGGAAAGACGGAUUACGCGGGGCGCACCGCCCUGCACCUCGCUGUGUUGGCGGGCGAGGCUCAAAUCGUGGAGCUACUUUUGAAGCACGGCGAGAGUGUCGCGACGGAAUCGCAGAGUACGGUGUCGUCGCCUUCCACCCGCAAGAAAAUCGCCACUACGCGACGUAGGGCCCGAGUCCCAUUGAUAGCUGACUUCCACGCCGUUGAGCCCGCCGCGGUGAUCGACGUGGAGGCGGAGGACUUGAUAGCCAAUCAGUCAGCGUUGGAAAUGGCCGUUUGCACCACACGCGAUCCGGUGAUCGCGCGUCUGCUGCUAACGGUGGGGUACGCGUCUGUGCGACACUCCAGCGGUCUGCCAACGGGCGGCUCGCUGCUGCACCGCACUGUGGUCGAUGGGUCAAUGGAAAUCAUGCUGUUGCUACUGGAGAACUACUCCGACCCAAAUGAGACGGACAAUCUGGAACAAACCCCACUGCAUCUUGCGACGCAGUCAACGCUUCCGCAGGCGUGUGAGCUGGUGCGUGAGCUUCUGCGCUUUGGGGCUGCACCAGACGCGCGGAGUGGGUGUACGUUGGACACUCCCAUUCUUAUCGCCGCACGUCGCGGGGAGGCUGACAUGCUGCAUCUGCUGCUGCAUCAGCAGGAGGAGUUUACCUACGGCAAAGCCCUACACUCGCACGGGACGCGGGGGGCACAACGAGAUCGCUCCCGGAACGCCACCCGGAGUCGCUCGAACAACAACUUGUUGUCCCCAUCAAACCGCCGCAGUGGCCGUCAGCAAAAGCAGCCCUCGCCUACACAGUUGGCUCAACGUCGCGGUCGUCAAAAGCAGCAGCACCAACCUGGGAAUAACGGCUCUAUCAUCUCCGAGGGCAACGAGGAGGUCAGCCUCGAUGCUACUGCCAACACCAAUGGUAGCGUGGAUCGCCGACAGCGGGACUCGAACAGCAAUCUGAGGGUGAGUUCUUCGACCGGCAUCACCACCGCGUCGCUGGAGGGCGCAGACGCGUCUGGUGAGAGUGUUGAAUCGCAAGUGCAGAUGAAGAUCUCCUUGAAUCCACAGCACUUGUUGCUCACGGACGGUCAGGUGCGGACGGCGCUGCAUUACCUGUGUUCCCACAGCGAUGCAGCAAAGCAGGCUUCCCUGCUGCCGGUUAUCUGCACAGUUCUUGGGUGCUCGCUUGGGCCCACGCUAGCGUUGCAGGUGGACGCUGACGGUCGGCUUCCGCUUCACUGCGCCUGUGCUGCCGGCUACGUUGAGGCGGUGCGCAAGCUGCUCAUGCACGAUGAUGGGAGCUGUGCCUUUUUCCUGGACGCGCGUGGGUGUCUCCCGCUGCACUACGCCGUGUUGGCCGACCACGGCGCCAGCAUCAAGGCGCUUGUGCAGUGCGUCGGGGGUUGGCUGCCGUGCACGCUUAAGGGCAGCUCAGCGGCGGUGGAUGACGGCUGCCUGGUCCCCAUCACCCAUCGCCUCCUGCAGCAAGACAUCCGUUUGCAACAGCAGGAGUAUGGUGAUAUUGAGGGGCGUCUGCUACCCCCUCACCCACGCCGUUGUGGCGUGAGCCUCCUGCGUGCGGAUGGGUGCCGCAACAUGGCGAUCUGCACCGUCUGGGAGUACCUGAACGUCCAUGAUGGCAUGGGUCGUACACCACUGUUGCUCGCGGCCGAGUUGGGUCAUCUGCAGGCCAGCAAGGUGUUGAUGCAUCUGCUGCAGAAGCAUAGCAAAUCACGGCGUCCUCACCUAGAACAGAAAAUCGAUUCUCUUUGUAGCACUACAAUGCCUUUGUUUCUAUUUCAGGGGGUUAUGGACAGGUCCUUAUCGUCACUUGGGGUGCGGGCUCCCUGA